UAGUCCUCCAAAGUCCAACAGUACUCGAUGAUUCAGUUGCCAAAGCCGACUCGAAGUCGACGUUGGUCCAGGACGCGACUACUUUGUUUAUCCCAGCUGUUAUUUUAUCCACUUCGUUAUCUGAGUAAUAUAAACUAUACAAAUUAAGAUAAAGUGGUAAUUUUGUGUAGUAUAUAAAAAAAAUAGCUAAAAUAAAAGUAGAAAAAUGUACAGAUAAAGAUACCAUAGGAAUGCAAAAAAUUAAAAAAAUAUAUAUAAUGUAAAAAGUGGUGAAUAAUUAUCAUAGUUGUAAAGUUGUGGGCACUAGAGGUAUUAUUAAUUAGUCAUUAUAACUGGAAAGUGGGUGUGAGGAGGCUGGUCAGUUCACAAUCAGUGGAACGGAGAAACUACUCCAAAACGGUGGAAGUUAGUAGUGAUGCCGUGAUGGGGUGCGGCUCAAGCUCGUUCUUCCUGACCACAACCCUCGUGGGCGCACUUCUCUCGAUCUUCUUGCUGCUCCAGACAUCCGGCGCGACGCGCUUACGUCAACGUGGAUCAUCAGAUCUAUCAAAAGGCGGUGGGUCUAUAAAUGAAGCAGUGUUUGCGCUGAGAGACAGACAAGAGGGUGGUAGACGAGCUAGAAAAACUACUACUAGUACAACCAGUAGCACAACUGCUUUAACUACUGCAGCUGGCCUUAAAUUUACUGCCACCUCCGACAAUGUGGCACAGCCUGCAGCAUUAUUGGCUCCAGAUGAUCAAACCUGGUUCAUUGCUUCAACAUCACCACCUCCCAACAUCCCUCAGAUAAUAAGAGGCACGUCCAGACUACCUCCACUAGAGAUUGUCGUAAAACCACAAGCUAAAGUAGUCCUACCUUGUGAAUUAGGUGGAAAUUACUCACGUAUCCUGCAGACUACGUCGAGGAGUUAUCGCACAAGACCAGCAAAAUGGCGGCAUAAUGAUGUGCCAGUGGACAUGAUUACAAUAGACACUAGAACAGAAAUGAGUGGAACUGGGCAUAGGUAUAUUGGAGAUUCCUCAACAGCUGCUCUUCACAUCGACAGUGCGCGGCUUGAGGAUGAUGGUAUAUGGAAGUGCACUAUCGACAAUGACCAUGGAGAGCUACUCUCUGGAAGAACAGUCAAGCUUGUCAUUCUCGAAGCACCUCGGGCAACUUAUCUACUGAUAGAUGGUCGUCGUUUAGACCCGGGAAAUCAGUUUGUACCAGUAAAGGAAGGCUCGGAACUCGCAUUGGAAUGUGCUGCUGAGGGUGGUAACCCACCAUCGGCCUUGUCUUGGGGGAUGACACUAGCACAAACUGUGUCGACGGAAGGCCCAGAACAACCACCAGACAAUUUGACUGUCGUUCCGUCCACUCGUGGUGCAGGUCAUAGUGGAGCCCACCUCAAAGUUCAACGGAAACAUCACAAUGCUACUAUCAUUUGCACUGCCCGACAUGUCACUCUCACCACUCCAAUGAAUGCCAGCAUACUUCUUGAUGUUCAAUAUUCUCCGUCGUUCACGAUAAUACGAUUUCCUGGAUUUGGAACUCCUAUCUUUGAAGGGAUGCCUUUCAGUUUGAAGUGUGAGGUCGAUAGCAAUCCAUCAAGUCUACCAAUUUGGCAACUAGAUGACAGAAGUCCUCCAGUAGAACAAUCUGACGACGGCUGGCUUAACUUUACCCGAAUCAGCAGGGAAGACAGCGGCUGGUACAAAUGUUGUACUAAAUACCUUUCGGGUCUUCUUUCGAGUAUUGGAUACUUCCUGGCAGUUCGAUCGAAUUCCGAGUCAGAAAUGGAAGCAGAAGCCUUGAAUGGAGAGGCAAUGGAUACUAGGAAGAUGGAGGUGCAAAUUGGUGGAGCUGUUACACUUGAGUGUGAAGGUGGUUGUUGGGGUCAUGGAUCAGCCAUGGAUCCAGCUGGAUCUGGACCAUUGGCUAUUAAUCGGGUAGUUUAUCAAGAUGCCGGAGAGUAUCGGUGUGUUGCACCGGACAGAAAAUUGCAGGAUACAUGGAGAGCACAUUUACCUUAUCAAAUAAAAGUGACGGGUCAGCCAAUGGUGAACCCACCAGUGCAGUCAGUGUCUGCAGAGGAAGGCGACACACUAGAAGUCGCUGUCGAAUUUUGCGCAGAGCCUUCUUACACCAAACUCCUUUGGCUUUCUUCCGACAGUGUCUACGUACCCGGCGGCAACAUCCGGGAUGGUGUUCGAGUCUUAGAAGUCGAGGAUGGUGGAACAGAAGCAUGUUUCAAGACGAUUCUACGUAUCGAAGCCGUCCAAUUGUCGCAUGCAGGCGAGUGGAUGUUGAUUAUUCGGUCACCUGCUGGUGUUGCUGACGCAUCUGUGUCAGUAAACGUCACACGUGCGUCUGAUUUCAGUGGUAACUGCAUUCCAAAAUGUAACAUUCUAGUAUUACUCCUUUGUCUCACACUCAUCACUUUCUAUCCACACUGGCGUUAAUUUAACACCACUUUGUGAACGCAACCACAAGUUUCGCCCUCGACUCACCUCGAGGUCUCUCGACUUUAUUCAGCCGUUUAAUUUACCCCCUCCAGACACUCUAUCCGCAAGUCGUAAUUGAUUUUACAGGAAAUUAUGCAAUUAUGGCUAUUGAGUCGAGAAGAUAAUAGUCUUUCAGUAUAAUCAAUUCCGCCAGCCUUGAAUUUUAAAUUUUUAAUUGAAGAAGAAAAUUUUGUUCAUUAUUCAAGACUGAUUGAACGUAAAUGUGGACAUUUUAUUGUACCAUAAAUCAUAAAGGAGAAUCGUCAUUCAACAUUUUUAUACGUAAUUAUUAAUUAAUGAGUUAGAUUUUCUAGCUAAAAAAAUACUUUAAGGGUAGAUUGAAGAUGUGCUAUUAAAUAGCUAGGCUAAAAAAUUUAUAUUGAUAUUAAAAAUUAGUCCACAAUACCACAGUUCUAAACUACAAAUUAUUUAAAUGUAAAAAAUGAUAAAAAAAAAAUUACUGAGAUAUAAAGAAUGGAAAUAUUUUAUUUAGAACGUGCUUGAAAUUAGAUAUAAAUAGAUGAUAUGAUCUUGGAAUUUGCAAAUGGAAGGAGAUAAAAAGUUUUAGCAUGUCAUGAAGUGGACAGACCAGUAGAUAAGUAGUUGAAAAAUCGAAAGACGAGCAAAGAAUAUAAAUUUUUCACAUAAAACUAUUUAUUUUGUUCAACAUUUAUCAAUGUUUCCGAAAAGGGAACCUCACUAAAAGUGAAAAAAUCUUCUGUAAUUCCAUUUUCAAAUACACUUUCUUGAAUUUUAGAAAAAAAUAUCUACUUUUUAUUUAUCCUUAAAAAAGAUUUUUUUAGCUAGAAUAAUUUCCGCCCAUCAGAUCAUUUGUCCUUACCAUCAAGUUUCGAGCGAUAAUUAAUUUAAAUAAUAAGCAAAUAUAAAUAAAUAAAUAUUCAACGUGGUGUAAAUAAUUGUAUAAAUUAUUUUUACGCAAUGAAACGAAUGCGUUUGUACCAUUAAAUUAUCUAUUACAUCUCUAGAGAAAUAUCUAUAACUCUCUAAAUUGUAAUAAUAGUAAUAAUGAUAAUACUCUUGAUAAUAAAUAUAAUACCAUUCAUUGGAAGUAUGAGAUAAUUGUUUCGACUUAUUCGAUAUUGCUAUUCAAUUACUAUAGCAAGUAUUUUAUAAGCAGAUAUAAAAUACUCUCGUUCAAAUAGAAACGGAA